CUUUAAGAUCCCGAUAUCUGCAUCAUCGAUACCUUCGACCUCUCUCGCAUAUGAGUCGUGCAAGGUUUUCUCGAUUAAAUCGGACGUUUUCUUCAACCGCCGUGAAUGGAAGCAAUGAGUUGUUAAGCCUGCAAGAGGUGGAGAAGGUUCUGAGCGACGUCAGAGAAUAUGACGUGUCGGUGGUUCCGGUCGGGGACCAAUGCGAUUGGGCCGAUUUCAUGGUUGUUGCCACCGGGAGGUCCCCGUGGCACGUUAAAAACAUCGCCCAAGCCCUAAUUUACAAGGUUAAGCAGAAGCAAAAAGGAGCUGAGAGGAUGGUAUUACCCAGUGUGCAAGGGCAAGAGACAGGAAAAUGGAUUGUCAUCGACUCGGGUAGGCUGAUAGUUCGUGCUCUCGACGGGAAGGCAAGAGCUUAUUACAAUUUGGAAAAUAUUUGGACUCCCAUGACAGCCCACACGGAACCAGUCGAGGACUUGUCAAAAAAGCAUUUUAAAGGUUCGUCGUAUUAAUAAUUCCAAAAAGCCAGCUCAAAGAAGUGAUCAAUAAGUGUAGUUACUUUGUUUCAUGGGUUUUAUCGGCUUGUACUGAAA